CCCUCCCUGCGUCACCGGGAGGAGAGGGAGGCCAAGAAAAAAAGUUUGGAGACAGAGUUGACAUUCAAAAUGCACACUUCACUCAAGAUCCGUCUGCUAUACCAAACUAAUACUUAAAUCCAGUAAAUAUUACCAGGAAGGAGAGCAAGUUUGUUAACGUCUUUUUUGUUACCUCUAUAUGACAGGUUAAUAGGUUACUUUUUGAGUUCUUGGCAAUGUUUCCCAGCCCCAGCACGUCCACUCCCUUCUCUGUAAAGGAUAUAUUAAACCUGGAGCAGAGUCAUGACGUUAUGGUGUCUUCUCUGGACGUAUCUUCUCGUAUGGACUGCUGCACCGUGUCGACCUCCCCCUCCACCUCCUGCAUGCUGGCCCGCCUGAAGCAGGAGCCUCUCCGGGACAUGUCGUCCGCCGCCGCCGCAUCGCUGUUUGGAGAAGACCUCCACGAGUCCAGAGCCAGCAGAGGCAAUGCACUCAACUUUGCUACUACCUUUUAUGGGAAAUCCCUAAUGGAGAUGGAUAUAGUUAAGGAUGGGAAAUCAGAUGCGUUUGAGGGAAAACGUAGAAAAGAGGAGUUCAGUCCUCCGACCGAGCCUGUGUUGGACAUAAAACCCGAGGAUCCGGACCGACCCAAGCCUCGAAGACGCAGGAAGCCGCGGGUCCUCUUCUCCCAGGCGCAGGUGUACGAGCUGGAGCGCCGCUUCAAGCAGCAGAGGUACCUGUCCGCCCCGGAGAGAGACCACCUGGCCGGCGUGCUCAAACUCACCCCGACCCAGGUGAAGAUCUGGUUCCAGAACAGGAGGUACAAGUGCAAGCGGCAGAGGCAGGACCAGAGCCUGGAGAUGGUUUCUCUGCCGCCGCCCAGAAGGGUAUCGGUGCCGGUGCUGGUGCGGGACGGGAAGCCUUGCCUGGCGGCAGACACAACCACCUACAACCCCUCCUACAGUAUGGGUCACAUCAACCAUUUCACUUACAACAACUAUCCAGCUUUCAGUAACUACACCAGCCCCGGCUGCAACACAAACUAUGCCUGUAAUUAUCCCGCAGCCACAAUGCAAACUAUGCAAGGGUCCUCCAACAACGGGAAUUACAUGAACUUUGGGGUAGGGGACCUGAAUAAUGUCCAGAACACAUUUUCCUCCAGUAAUGGGGUGUCUUCGUUACAUGGCAUUAGGACAUGGUAGACAAAAUAUCAAAUACUCGUGUUAUUCAAUUUAACAGGGUUUUUUUUUCUGACUGCAUGCAUUUUAAAAUGUGUCAAGACCGAGUUUGUGUAACUUUUCUUAUAUUUAAUAAUUUACCUUUGGUAGUUUUUCGUUUUAGUUUUCAGCACCAGUUUUUGUCUGAAUAGCCUACAUUUGUAUUUAUUUUCGUGACAUUAGCGCACAGACAUGUAAUUUGAGCGGGGGUAAAAAAAAAAACAAAACAAAAAAAAAACACAUUUCGCAACCACAGUCAUUUAGACUAAAUGUUAUUUUAAAUUUGCCUGAACAUUUUCUAUUUUAAUUUUAUUUAAUUUCUUUUUUUUUUUUGACACCAUGCCGCGAAGUGGAUUGUUAAAUAUUUUUACCUAUAAAAAUCAGACAGUUAUUUCAGUGGGUGACCACGAAAAAUACGACCUAAUUGCAACAAUUAAGCUAUGGAAAUGAUUAAUUAUUUAUAGGCUAUUAUUGUUAUUAUUUGUUGAUAUUGCUGACAUGCAACUAUUUAAUUCAAAUGGCUCAAAGUUGUUUAAUGUAAUAACUGGCUCUGGUUUGGUUCUGACCAUCAAUCCCUAAAUCAUUGAAAAAUACAUUUAGAUAAAGUCUACAGUAUAUAAUAUGUAAUAGUGAACUAUAAUUACAACGAUAUAUAACCCAUGCCUCUGGGUCACAUAAUGGUUGAAUCGCUUUUACAGUAGAUCCUCAUAAAGGAGCCCAACAUCUACAACCCUCAUAUGGUUUGUGUCUGGUUAAAAUGUUCAAGUGGCUAUUAGGAAGCUUCCCUCAAUAUGCUUAAACAAGGUUAAAAGGUUGUUAAAAGUUUACACAUUUUACAACCCGCUGUCAGCCACAUGUACAAUCUACACACAAGUUUAAAGUCGCCUGGACAGAGAUGGCUGUGAGCCAUGACCUUGACCUGUAUUAAUUCAAUGUUUUUAAAUCAGAUUCUGCUGAUCAAGACAUGCUGUUUUUUUGUUGUUGUUGUUUUGUUUUUUUUAAAUCUAUGGAACUACAAACGUUUUGAUUUUCAUUAAUUGUACAAGCAUUUUCUAUACAAUCUGUCAAAACCCAUCCUGAAAGCCAACCACCUUUUCUCUGUAAAUAUGACAAAUUCAAGAUGUUUACCUGAUCCAAUAUAUUUAUCUAUUUUUGGACAGUAUACUUGAUUAUUAAAGACUCUUCUUUUUUUGAAACUCUCUCUGUUUGGCUAAGUCAUUACUGUGUUUUAUUUGAGAAUACAGAGAUACAUAACUGAACAAAGCUCCUUUCAGCUGUAGAAAUUACUACAUGACUCUGUCUGGUUCCUUUGUUUACACCAUCAGUUUUGGUGCCGUGUACGCUCCCCUGAGACCCCAGUCCACUUGUCCAGAUACAAACCCAAACACUUGAUUGACACUAUCACGGUGCUAAAUGCAAGAAUAGUCCAAUUUGCUUGACAGAGAGCCAGAGGCCUUGUCUAAGUGUGCAGUUAUAUGAACAGGCUAGGAACGGGCUCUGCCCAACUGCCACCACUUUACACAAGUAAGAGAUGCUUAGGCAUCUCUCAGGUCUCUCCACACACACGCUCUGUUGUCUUCUAUCUCAAUUUAAACAAUACACCCACACAAACACAGAAACAUGUCAAACAUCAAGCCAGAAGACUUUGUAUUUAUUGAUAAUCAGUACCGACAACAUUUACAUAUAUUAAACAAAAUGACAACGCCAGGCAAUUGCAGAAAGGGUAGCAAGGUCAUGUAGCUCCUCUGGCCACCCUCUCCUCCGAGGUGUUGAAAAGGCAACGUCAGAUAACGGCACCACACAAACCUAAAAAUAUCCCCUCUCACCCUCCACCCACACUGGAAAGGGAGAGGGAAACGGGUCGGAAUAAUCUGCUUUUCCGGGUCUUAUCUGAAGAAAGGCAGGGAUGCAUGCUGCUCUAUCUCUGCCAGUGCGAUCUCUGCCACAGAGCU